AUGGAACAUGAAGUUGUUCCUUACUUUGAUGGAAUGCAACAAGGGCAGGGGUACAACACGUACCUUCAGAACCUCCGCAUUGCAAAGGCCGUGACUAUUACGGCCGAGAAACCACUUCCUCCUAGCUACGAUAUUACCUACCAAAGCGAAGAGGUUACGGAAUACAAGAAGCUCGCCCAGUCUCUGGAGAUUACCGCGGAAGCAGCUAUCUCGGGCGGAGGCCAGGAGGGCAAGAUAGAGGGAGGCUAUCUCAACCGCUCUGAGUAUGAAAGUAGCACCAUUACCUACCAAGUCGAGGUGUCGUCACGUCAGCAAGGUUCAGUCGGGAACGAGUAUUCCUUCAACAAGUAUACCGGCGAUAAUCUGAAUGAGCUCUAUGGAGACCGCUUCAUUGCAGAUUUUAUCAAAGGUGGUAAAUACCUUGCCCGCGUUUCCAUUUCUACGACAACCCAAUCGUCCAAGCAGGAGAUCAAGCAGUCGGCCGAAGUUGCUUUCAAGAUGUACGGAACGACCGGGAAAGUAACGGAAGAGGUCAAACAGGCUCUUGAAUCACUCAAGAAGAAUGCUCAUGUCAAAGUCUGGACUCAUCUCUCUGGAGGCGGAAACAGAAGCGAUGUAGUCGAGACUUGUGCCGCAGAGGAGCCCGACGGUGGCUCCCAGCUCCUUGCAGUUAAAAAGGAGGCCGAUGAGUUCUACAAGGAACUCAAGGAUGGAAAGCAUCGAUACAGGCGCUCUGCGGUGCUAUCACCGUACACCAAUGUCUCGAAUUUCAACAAUACCUUCAAACCGUUCGACUACUCCAAUGCGAGUAGAAAGUGCUGGGAUCUCUUCGACGAUUACACUCAAUACGGUGUUUUCAUUGAAGGUGCUAAGAAAGUGCCGUCCAACAAAUUCAAAGAAGGCAAAACUCAACAGCAGACCCUUAUACGAAAAGGAUUGGACGUAACUGAGGCAAUCUACAACAAGGUCAAAGCAAUCAGCAAAGAUCCAAGUGAGGUGGAGAAAAUACUCCAGUAUGAUCAGCCAUGGGUGUAUCAGGCUUCUAUUAUCGUAAGUCCGGAACGAGUCUCCCAAGGUGAUUCUCAAUACUCAAAAGUCAAACAGAAAAGCAUCAAGACAGUGACGAUGAUUGCCCAAUCAAGACCCCGUGAAAACGGCAGUCCCACCGACAUUGCAUCCCCAACCCUCGAACGGGGAGCGGAAAAGCUGUUCGAGUUCAAAGCAUUUGACUUUGGUGAGGUCUGGGGAAGUUCAGUAAUAUCAUUUGGAAAGAAAGACUCAUCGUUCAUUUGCCUCGAUGGCUUGCGGGCAUCGAACUAUGGUUAUAAGGAAGAGAGUGUUUUCUGGGCAUUUCACGACCAGCUCAAAGACGUUGGAGAUCAGAAAGUCGUCGUUUCGAAGCUUCGAUCAGCAGAUCUCAUUCAACUCAGUCGCGAUAGCGAAGGGCCCAAACCUCUCUUCCAUUUCUAUGCCGGCAAGGUGUAG